AUGGAAGUUUUAAAUUCCAAAGCACGAAGCUCUGCCGCUAGGCAGCAACCAAGCACGUCCAAGCAGGCAUUAGCCCAACAAGCUGCAUUAAACAAGCAGAGACGAAACAACAAAAUCACGGGCAAGGAGUUGUAUAAAUCCCUGCUAAUGCCCUGCCCUAUAUGUGGUAAGAAAAUUGAACGUAACCGCCUCGAGGGACACCAAAACAAACACUCUGGAUUACGUCCUUAUAACUGUCCGAUCGAAGUAUGCAAAGCCAGAUUUUACUGCAAACACGCUCGUCGUCUGCACGUUCGUUGUCGACAUGGAACAGAUUCGUUUGCUUGUGGCCUGUGUGCCAAGGUAUAUAAGGCAAGACGUGAUCUUCUUGGCCAUAUUCGCGAAACCCAUGCCGAACCACGAUUUGAAUGUGAUAUUUGCCCGAAAAAGUUUACUACAAGGUCCCGUCUCAAGCAGCAUCAGUAUUAUCACAGUGGAGAAAGAAAAUAUCCCUGUGGAGUGUGCGACAUGCGGUUUUUCAGUAACUUCCAAUUAAAGGUGCACAUGAGAACCCACACCAAGUCAUAUCCGUAUACUUGCACCAUUUGCAAGAAAGACUUCCGCUAUCGUCAUAUGGCAAAGGACCAUCUCGUCCAGAAUCAUGGCAUUGAUAUAACGCUUCAGAAGGAUUGGGUCAUUCAACAUGCGGAACCGGACCCAGAAGAAGUCGGUGUGGCCGAUAAUGAUCAAAACACUGUGGUCUACAACGUGCAAAUACUAGAAACAGAAUCAGAAAUGCAAGCAGAAAAGUUUAAAUUGAAAAAUCCCACUGACAUGAAUCCUGACGUUAUUAAACUUGACAUGCCUGACAAUGUGAUAGAUUAG